AUGAAAUCACAAUCAAAUAUCCAAACUUUGACAGAUUUACAGUCAAAAGUCAUGGACGAUAUUAGUAUCAGUGGUACAAUGGAUAAUUCUAUGGCAUUCAACGAAAUAAAUCAAUGGCAUUUCCAUAAUGCAAACGCUUCUACUAUAAAAACACCCACUGUUUUGAUUCAUGGCUAUGCAGCUUCUUCUAUGGCGUACUAUAAGACUUUUAGAUAUUUAACAGGAUCUAUCAAAGAUUUAUAUACUAUUGAUUUACCUGGGUUUGGAUUAUCUGCAUCUCCUAAAAUUAUCAUCAAUGAUCAUAAUAGGAAAAAAUCACAAUUCGAUAUCAAAUUAAUUGAUUCUAAGGAUUCAAAUAAUAAUAAAUUUUCCAUAUCUAAGAAGAAUUUAAAAUUACUUGAAAACGGGAAUAUUGAAGAUAAAGCUUUUAUUUCUGCAUUUGAUGAUUAUUACAUCGAUAGAAUAGAAAAAUGGAGAAAAUUUAAUAAUUUAGGGAAGAUUAAUGUUAUUGGUCAUUCGUUUGGUGGUUAUAUUUCAUUUAAAUAUGCCAUUAAAUAUCCAGAUUCUAUUGAAAAUUUAUGUUUGGUUUCACCAUUUGGUAUGGAAAGUAACGUUUAUUCUAUUAAUAAUUAUGAUGAUUGGAAAGAAAAGUUUUCAAAUCCAUCGUCAACUAGAACUAGCAGUGUUUCUAGCCUUGGAAGUAGCAAUAGUAUUCUCAAUGAUAGUGGUACAAAGAUUUUCAAGACAAAUUCUGACACAGAUACCCAAUUAGAAUUAGAUUUAGUAGACCCAACUUCUAAAUAUUAUUUUAGAGAGAAAGUAGUCCCUGGUGUUUUAUUUAACAAUCAAUUCAACGUUUUAAAAUGUAUGGGCCCAUUGGGUUCUAAAUUAACUUGGAGUUUUAUUUCGAGAAGAUAUGAACAUAUUGCUUCAGAAGCAUAUCAAAAUUUUUUAUUUAAAUUAUUUGCUACUGUACCAAAUGUUACAAUUAAUAAUUUCUCAAAUAUGUUUACAAGAAAUUUAUUGGCUAAAGAUCCAAUCAUGGAUUCAAUUAAUAAAUUACAAUCUAAAAAAUUAUUAUUAUUUUAUGGGGAAAAUGAUUGGAUGAAUAAAGAAGCUGGAUUUUUAAUGGCAGAAAAAUUAAAUAUUCUUAAGGGAGAUUCAAAAUAUGCUAAUUGGAUCGAAGUGCCAAAUUCAGGCCAUAAUUUGAUAUUAGAUGAUCCAAAAUUCUUUUCAAAAAACUUGAUUGAUUUUUUAUCUAGCUAA